AAAUCGCCCUAUUCCUCCGCUCUCGGCGACCCGUCCUCCCGCCGGCCGCCGCCUCCACUCUCCGUCGGACAGCGGCGGCGCUCCCCCUCGCCCCCCCCCCCCCCCCCCCCCCACCCCCCCACCGCCACCCCCUCGGGCAAGGCCGCAACACGGGGAAAUCCGAGGAGGAAGGAUGUCGGGGUUCGGCGACGGGUACGUGGGCACCGCGCAGGAUGCGGUGAAGAUCCGGCGGCUUGAGAAGCAGCGCGAGGCGGAGCGCCGGAAGAUCGAGGAGCUCAAGAACAAGAACGCCGACGGGCAGCCGGGCCUCCUCCAGUUCGGCUCCAGCACCUCCGAGAUUCUUGAGACUGCAUUCAAGAAGGAAACUGUCGGCCUAGUUACGAGGGAGCAGUAUGUUGAGAAGAGGGUUAACAUACGAACUAAGAUCGAGGAGGAAGAGAAAGAGAAGCUUCAAAAAUUGCAACAAGAAGAAGAAGAACUGCAAAUGCAGAAAAGGAAAAAGAGGAGAGUGAGGGGAGAUCCACGCUUGUCGUUCUAUGAUGACAUUGGGAACGGAAGUGACGAGGAUGAGUUUGAGAACCAAGAAACUCAGAAGAAACAACUUGGAAAGGAUCCCACAGUUGAGACAAGUUUUCUACCUGACAGAGAGAGAGAGGCAGAGGAACAAGCAGAGCGAGAACGCUUGAAGAUGCAGUGGUCGCGUGAGCAAGAAUUGAUCAAAAAUGAACCUCUUUCAAUCACUUACAGUUACUGGGAUGGUACUGGUCACAGGAGAGCUAUCCAGGUGCGUAAAGGUGACUCUAUUGGAGAAUUCUUGAGGGCUGUUCAGCAGCAGCUUGCUCCGGAGUUCCGUGAAGUACGGACAACAUCAGUUGAGAACCUACUCUAUGUGAAGGAAGAUCUCAUUAUCCCUCAUCAACACAGCUUCUACGAGUUAAUUAUUAAUAAAGCAAGGGGCAAGAGUGGACCGCUUUUCCACUUUGAUGUUCAUGAGGAUGUGCGUACCAUUGCUGAUGCAACAAAAGAGAAGGAUGAGUCUCAUGCGGGGAAGGUUGUGGAGAGGCACUGGUACGAGAAGAACAAACACAUAUUCCCGGCCUCGAGAUGGGAGAUCUAUGACCCGACUAAGAAGUGGGAGCGCUACACGAUCCAUGGAGAUUAGUGUUUGUAGCAUGAUGCAGCAUAGUUUGAGAACUGAAGUGUUUCUACUUUGGAUUUAUGUAGCAACUAGCACGGCGAUUUUCCUAAUGCGAUAUCCGAAGAUCAUCAGUGUUGUUGUCUGCAACGAUUUCCCUUACUGAACUGUAGUAAACUGUACACCUGUAAGCUCCUGAAAAUUUUCGUGAAAUCAUUUGGUGCACUUGGACAUGGAA